UUAAGAAAGGUCAAUAGUCAUAAUAACUAAAAAUUUAAAUAAAAAAGUAGCGAAUAAAUCAAAUAUAUAAUGUAAAGAAAAAGAGGUGCAGCUUCAUUGCUUGUUAGGCAAUCGUAAAAUCUACCUAGAAGAUCAUGUAGAUUCUUUGUUGAGAUCUGUCAGAUCUUGCUUUCCCGAUUGUCAAAAAUCGUAUCUUCCCCAACUUAUCUCUUUUCAUUUAAAAGUCUCACAACCAUUCGGUUGUUUUCAUCUCUCCAUAACCGAACUUGUCAAUUUCUUCUUCUUCUUCAUAGAAUCAUGGCUCAAUUUCAUGUGCUUGCGGUUGAUGACAGCAUCAUUGACAGAAAGUUAAUUGAGACCCUUCUCAAGACUUCUUCCUAUCAAGUUACAGCAGUUGAUUCAGGAAAUAAGGCCUUAGAGUUUCUGGGUUUAUGUGACAGUGAAGAUGAUAGUUCAGUUGUUAUUCCAAGUUUGAUCAUUACAGAUUACUCUAUGCCUGGAAUGACUGGCUAUGAUCUCCUCAGAAAGAUCAAGAAGUCUAAAAAUCUCAAAGAUGUACCAGUUGUUAUUAUGUCUUCAGAGAAUGUUCCAUCAAGAAUCAACAGAUGCUUGGAGGAAGGGGCGGAAGAAUUCUUUUUGAAGCCAGUGCAGUUGUCAGAUGUGAAUAAGCUUAAGCCUCAUGUGUUAAAGGGUUGCAGUACAAAGAAUCAUGAAGAAGAAGAGCCCAAAAUCUUCAAAAGAAAAACCAUCAGUAGCAUGAGAAAAAACCUUUCACCCAGUAAAGCAACAAAAAUAUGCAAGGUUUUGGAAGUGAUCUAAGAAUGAGACACUCUUAUGUGUUUUCCAAUUGGGAUAUAGUUAUAUAUUUAUUAUAUAUACCCCCAAGCUCUUUCCAAGCGGGAGAAGCAGCACCUUCACUCGAAAAGAGCUAUGCUGCUACAAAGAAGAUGACGUUGUCGACCUUAACAAAGUCUUAUAUAUGUUCAACAAAAGCUUGAGCUGAAUCUGUGGAGCCUGGGAUGUAGCAGGUGGCAUUAAUUAGUACUUGAAAUCAUUGAGUUUUCAAGAAAAUUUGAUAAAUUGACACGUUGCUGCCUAAUAUGAUUAUUUGCCGCCGGUAAAGGCCAAAGCCAAAGAAUUCAAGAGUUUCAAUGUUCAACACAUAAUUUGUUGAACUUAUUUCGAGAUCUACUAGGGAGAAAUUAUACGAGGACAUGACCUGUUUCAAGCUAGCUUUAUUUCUAGCCAGCGUUGUGUAAGGCCUAUUUCAAGAUAAAUUCAUUAGAACAAUGCCUCUGGACUUACACUCACAUAUAUUAAUGUGUGUGUUUUUUAUCAUUUAAUUGUCAUAUUAUUCCAAUUAAUUUUUUAUUUUUAUUUUCUGUUUA